AUGGAGGCAAAAGAUGAGGAAGGCAUGACGAUGUUUGUCGCCGAGAGACAGCACAUCAUGGAGGUCAAGGAUGUGGUUGAAAGGUCUGCACGAGAGACGGGUGGAGAUCAAGGACAUUACAUGGGUGGAACAGAUGCGCGCUGA